CGGGGGCAGCAGCAGCGGCGGCGGCGGCGGGCGGGGGCCUGUUCGGGUGGCUGCGGGGCCGCUGCCUGGGCCGGGGGCUCUUCGUGGACCCGGCCCGCGACAAUUUCCGGGCCAUGACCGGGCUGUACAGCUCCAUCCAGCCCGCCGACUCCGUGUACCUCAGCACCCGCACGCACGGCGCCGUCUUCAACCUGGAGUACUCGCCGGACGGGUCAGUGCUAACUGUUGCUUGUGAACAGACUGAAGUCCUGCUUUUUGACCCCAUAUCUUCAAAGCACAUCAAAACUCUCUCUGAAGCUCAUGAGGACUGUGUGAAUAAUAUCAGGUUUCUGGAUAAUCGACUGUUUGCAACUUGCUCUGAUGACACUACGAUAGCACUUUGGGAUCUGAGAAAGCUAAACACAAAAGUGUGCACUUUACAUGGUCACACGAGCUGGGUGAAGAACAUUGAAUAUGACACCAAUACCAGACUACUAGUAACAUCAGGGUUUGAUGGCAAUGUGAUCAUAUGGGACACCAACAGGUGCACCGAAGAAGGAUGUCCUCACAAGAAGUUUUUUCACACCCGUUUUCUCAUGCGGAUGAGACUGACACCAGACUGUUCAAAAAUGUUGAUCUCCACCUCCUCUGGGUAUCUUCUGAUUUUGCACGACCUUGAUUUAACCAAGUCCUUAGAGGUUGGCAGCUAUCCAAUAUUAAGAGCCAGAAGAACUACGUCAAGUUCAGACACGACAGCUACCAGUUCAUCUGGUCCUAGAGCUGUGGGUUCACCAUGUCACCAGAAUGAUUCCGGUCCAUUGUCCGAGAAACACAUGUCACGAACCUCCCAACGAGAAGGUGGAUCUCCACGAAAUAGUCUUGAGGUUUUAACACCAGAAGUUCCUGGAGAAAGGGACCGUGGUAAUUGCAUUACAUCGCUGCAGCUCCAUCCCAAAGGAUGGGCUACUCUUCUUCGGUGCUCAAGUAAUACAGAUGACCAGGAGUGGACCUGUGUGUACGAAUUCCAAGAAGGAGCCCCAGUGCGCCCUGUCUCACCUCGUUGUUCUCUCCGAUUGACUCACUGCAUUGAAGAAGCCAAUGUAGGCCGGGGUUACAUCAAAGAACUUUGUUUCAGCCCUGAUGGUCGAAUGAUUUCCUCCCCGCAUGGCUACGGGAUCCGCUUGUUGGGAUUUGACACGCAGUGCAGUGAACUUGUCGACUGUUUGCCCAAAGAAGCCGGUCCCUUGCAGGAAAUCCGCUCUCUGUAUUCACACAACGAUGUGGUAUUGACGACCAAGUUUUCUCCAACACACUGUCAGAUUGCCUCAGGGUGCCUUAGUGGACGUGUUUCUUUAUAUCAGCCAAAGUUCUAGGCACAUCUUGCAUCAACAGGAACUUCACAGAUGUUUGUUUUUAUAAUUACUUCAGUUUGGUUGAAGUGUGUUCUUUUUAAAGAAAAAUCUUGUAAAUGUGGACAAGAUCAUAAUUACUAUGGUCUGUGAACAUUGCGAUGACAUGAGUACUCAGUCCAGCACUGUAUGUGUUCUGACACUACAAGUCAGGCUCUGUGCAUUCUGUUUUCAGCCUUCCAUGCAAACCUCUGCUUCUGAUGAUCCAGUGCCACUGAUUUCCAGUCUUUCUGGUUGGGUUUCACAGUAGCACUUGUUGGUCUUUCAGCGUGACUUAGGAUGGACUAUCUGCAAGAUGUCUCGCUAGGGCUGAGGGAAUUGUUACACCAAACAAUGCCCACAUGUUUCCUGCUGGUACGAUCUUUCCUUGCCACAAAGGAGCUGGACUUCCUGACAUCCUCUCACUUGGCCUCCUAUUGCUGUAACUUUUUUCUCUACAACAAUUAGGUAAUGGAGCUGUUCUCCUGCGUACUAGAUUAGUUUAGCCACAAAGAAGAAAAACACUUUCUUUUCACAGUAUAAUGAUUGACUAGAAAAAUGUUGUCACCUUUCUGUAAUGUUUUGCUAUAGUUAAAUCUCUUAGCUUGUUUUCCUUAAUGUGCAUAUAUUGUGUUUAUUGCAAGAUGGUAAAAGGUCAGGGUGGAGAUGCAUUUCCGCAGUGAAUUCAGUAGGAAGACAUUGCCGUAUUGAGCAGGGAAGCCGGAGUUGAUCAUUGCGUAAGAGUUGUUUGGAAUGUUUUGACAUAAAAUGACAAGUUUAAAAUGCCCCUGACAGGGUAAGUUGUGCCCCAGACACUAAGGUUUCUAAUUGCUGCCCUUAUUGUAGGAGGCUUUCCACAUUAAUAAAAAAUCUUAAUCACAUUUUGUUUUGAAACUUAAGAAAUGCUACCCUCGAAGUUUCCCUUUGUGUUACCAAGGCUGAGCUGCAUGGUAAAAUACUCUUUUGUAACAUGCCCAGAUCUUAGCCACCACCUUUGCAAAAGAAUUAGCCUGAAGCGAGUCUGCUGUCACUCUGCCAAAUUAAACAGUCCUUCAGAUUACAUUGUCAGUAUGGAACAGAGCACGGUAUAUACAGGCUAAAUAUAUAAUUAUCUGGAUUCAACUGGAUUUUUCAGCAGCAAGAAUACACAGAUACAACUAAUCAGUUUCACUUAUCCUCAGUGCUGUUUACCCUUCUGAACAUACAGUUGCUUCAAUAGUAAUCACAAGAACAUAAUAUUCUAAGUAUCAUUUUUAUCUGCAGAAAAAAGAUAGUCCUCUAGUGGCUCAAAACCUAACAGUGUGCAAGUGGAUGUGGAUGUAUGUAUCAUUUCAUAGUAUGGGUGGAAAGCAAAUGAAUUUAACCAUAUUUAAAAUUUGGAAUACCUAUUGCAUGAAACUAGGAACGAAACUCAAGACUUGACAAGUGCACAGACUAUCAUUGAGGAGGAGAUGAACAUGGCUUCCUACUAGUCACUUGCUUGGAGUGAAGAGAAGGUACAAAGCUUCUGGAGGCAGAAAACCUUUCUCCCUGGGGACACUUGCUCAGCUAUGGUACUAACAAGGUUAAAAAGCUUUUUUUUAAACCCACAGUUUAAAUAUCCAGCAAUGGGACUUGACACUAGAAAUUGCCAGUGAAGAUUUCCUAGCCUAAACUGUACUUAGCUUAUCAGUGAGGCUUUAGUGGACCCAGUGAAGUCAGAAAAUUUUGCUGGAAAGAAUUUAGAUUUUGGUCCUCAGUGGUAUCUGAAGGGAUUUUAAAUAAAAUAGACUUACUUUAGAUUUACUCUUGAACAAAAAAAAAAUGUAUAGCAGAAGGUACUAUGGGUCCAGGAUGAUCAGGUCCAGUAGAUAAAGAUCUGGAAGCCUGGCAAUGGACUGGAUCACUCUGAGUCACACCCUGUGUGUGUGUGUGUGUGUGUGUGUGUGUGUCAGAAUGGAUCAAUGGAACUCACUUUAACGUUAACUCACUUUGAGUGUCUGGUGCCUCCUGGGAAAGCUUUGGAGAAAUUGAUUUAGGAACCCUGCUGCUUUUUGCUGGCUUUUUAUUACUGAGGGUUUUUGCAUGAACAUUGAAUUGUUACUUUUGGAGGAAGGUUAAUCUACUCCUGCGCCAUCUCCUGUUUGAAAUUAUAUUUAACUCCAUAGCAACUAAUUGUUGGAGGAUUGAGUUCAAGUGACUGAACAUGCAGCAAUUGAGAAACAAAAUUCCCUAUUUCCACACAAAAUAAGCCUGAGCUGAUUAAUCCUUCCCUACCAACCCUUUCUCCUGUAUUAAAUGACUAACUGCAGAACUCUUUCUGUACACCAGCGUUGUUUAUUGAGGAGGCAGUGACUUGCAUCCGACGAAGUGGGUAUUCACCCACGAAAGCUCAUGCUCCAAAACGUCUGUUAGUCUAUAAGGUGCCACAGGAUUCUUUGCUGCUUUUAAAGGGGAUCGAGUGGCUGUAGUAGGAAGCAUGCUCGUCCAUGCCAGUUUUAGUCAUCCUACAAAAUGACUUGUCCAAAAUGCAAAUUAUUGAAAUUAAAAAUCCCUCCCUUCAGUCUUUACCCACCCUUGUUAUGUAUCUAUUUGUACUGUUAAUAGUCUGCAAAUCCAAUUCUCAGUCCAUUUGGAUUUGUUGAAUGGGGGUGACUCUGCUUACAAGGUAUUUUCCUUAUCUGUGAUGUAAGGGACUACAAAUUACAUUAAAUACCCAAUGUACUACUCUGCAUGACCAGGAUUCAAGCUUCUGAAUUGCAAAGUAGUAAAAGCUCGUGUGGAGAAUGUCUAAUUUGGAAACAGUUUUUAGAUUUAGACUUAAUAUUAAAAAAAAUUUUUUACAGAGGAACAGGAAUCUGCUGUUAUCUGUGUUUGGGUGGCAGAACUAGAUAUGAAUUGUGCUCUUGAAAUGAACCGUAGUGGAAGAUUUACAGCUCGCAGACCAAAGGAUGGGAAAUUGGGUUAAGUUUGGGUAGCCUUUUUAGUACUAAGUUAAUUUUAAAAACCAGAAUGAAGAGUAUUUUCUCAGCCAGCAGGCGCAUAUGCAACUAUCAUAUCACUUAGGAAUAAUAUACCCCAACAGAAUUAUGUAGGACCCUGAUUCUCCAGCUUUUCUUUCUGUGGACCACUUGAUAAGGAAAAGUUCCUCCCAGGGACUAUCCCAUCUCAGAACAUCCCAGUCCUGCUACUCCUUGGCUUUGCUAAAUGAUUUGCUGAAAAGAUCAAUGGCAAAUCCUUUUGAAUUGCUCUAAAGUACUGUUUGUACAGGUGGAUUAAUUUGAAAUGCAGAAAAGCACCCUGAAGUAAUUGCAGCUUUUUGUAAUUUAAGACUAUUGGAAUUCCUUAAAAUGGAAUGCUCAUUUUGCAGGUUUUUUUUUAAAUCUAUGGCUGUCAAUAUGCACUGAGUAUUGGUUUUUUUCAGUCUACCUCAUGACAUGCUUCUUUUUUAAAAGGUUAUUGCUCUGAAACAUUUGACACUAAUUUUUCUGUAUAAAUAGAGAAUUGUUACUGUUAAAUAGAUGACAUAUCACAUAUCGCUACUAUUUAAAAUGCACAGCACCUGGAGUGACCGUUUAAAACAGCUCAUCACUUUGAAGCGAGACCACUGAAAAGUGCAAGGCUGAUGAUAGAGGUUGCCCUGUUUUGGGGUUUUGCUCGUGCUUUGUGGUGCUUUGUAGUGUAUGUAUAGUGUGUUGUAGGAGCAGAUACAUUUUUAUAUUAAGACCAAUUCCGUCCAUGUAUGCUGUAAGAAUGUUGCCUAACUUUUCUGAUUACAUUUUGCAAUAAGCUGAAUUAGAAUGAGAUGAUGAUGAUUUUAGGUUGUGAUUAUUUAACUACUUUCAAUAAUAGCUGGAAGUUUUCAGUGAAAGCGAAUAGAUUUUAUUUCAGUAUAGUUAACAGUACCUUGAAACACUUUGUUCAGUGAUGCAUAACUGACUAGUUAGAUGCCUUGCAGUUAUACCUCCAAAAAAUUAUUCUCUCACCACUUUUGUCUUUCUAAUUCACAUUAUCUUGCCUUAUGGAAUUAACAAAGUGACUUGGGGUAAGCUUUGGAACUUUUUUUCUAGGUAGCAGAAAAGUUAUACACUUGCUUUGCAUUAAAUUCUGAAAGACUUAACCAUCUUCCAUCCCAAUACUAUAAGGAGCAAAGUGGGUUAAAUAGAUAAACCCAGAAUUAAGGUAGUGGUUUAUACCAAUAAUUUUUAUCAUCUUUUUGUAUUGGUAUAUUUUAUACCCCUCGAGUACUAAACCUAUUGCUAAAUUUUAAAGUAUUUCUCAGUUAGUGAUCGUAGCUGGCCUGUGAAGUGUGCAAUAUGCUUUCUAAAUGCAUGGUUCAUAUUCAUUAGUUACUGUAGUAAAGUGUAAUUCUUCCACCUUCAGCAUGACUGAUAAGCAGAACUCCAUAGGAAUGUUUACUUUUUAGAAGUGUCUAUGAAAACCACGACUAGUGUGUUUGAAGCCAGUAACUCUUGUAUUUGUCCAGUGACCAUAUUGUCGAAGUGCAGUGCAGUUUUCACAUGUUCCACUAGAGGUCAGAUUUAAAUCACCAGAGCAGGCAACAGUUUUGGCAAGGGAAGAGGUAACCGAGUAAAAAUGAAAAUUACUUUUAAAAAAAAAGUUUGUAGCUCAGUGAAAAGAUCUAGGUGGAAUGUAUCUUAUUUUUGGGGUGGGGAGAAUGGGGAAAAGCAAAAUAUAUCUAGAGAUACACUAAAGGAUUAAAGCCCAAAACUUGGCUUGCUUUAUUGUUAAUCUGAAAUCUCCUAGACAAGAUUCUAACUGUUUACAUGGAAAAUGUACUAGUGAAAACUAACAUUUUUUCAUUGAUCCUACAAUAUUGUAUUUAUAGGAGGAGUGCAAACACUGUUCCUUAAGGAUGCCACAAAUAAUGCCAGUACAGAAAGAAGUUUAGGUAUUGCAAAGUAAAACUGAAGUCUUCGCUAAACAGAGCUCUGUGAAAUUCAGGCUAUUCAUAAUGCAACAAAUAUAUUUGCCACAUGGAAACUAAAAACAAAUGCUAGUUUCCAAGUUUAUGAUAAAAAGAAAAAGGCUUGUCUUUUUUCCCCUUAUAACUUGAUUGCUCUGUUGGAAGCCAGGGGGGAGUAUGAUCUUAGGCAAUGGUGCAUUCUCUGCUACAACACUGGUAUUCAACAGGGUCUCCAACCACCUGUAAAAGUCUUUUUUUUUUUUAAAUACACGAGUAAGUUGUGUGUGUGGAAUAUUUUGAAAUACUCAAGGUUUCAUAGUCAGAGGGGGUAGACUUUUAAUACAAUACAUACCAAGUAGCAGAGCUGUUCUGAAUAUACUGUACUUGCUCCUAUUCAGUAACUUGUACUGUUUGUGAACAGUUUCUCUUGCUUGCAAAAUAAAUUAAACAUUUACUAA